CACCUCAGCUACAACUACUGCUGCUCCUUCCACUACUUCUGAAGAUGAGCUAACAACUGCUACCACCUCAGCUACAACUACUGCUGUUGCUUCUACUUCUGCUACUACCACAGCUGAGCCAACAACUUUUUCCACCUCUGCCAUCGCCACUACUUCCACUACUGCUGUUGAUUCUUCUGAAGAGGACGACUCUUCUGAAGAGGACGACGAUGACGAGGAAGUUUGUCAGAAUAAGUGUCCUGAUGGAUAUGCAAUGACGACCACUGGAUGCACAAACCAGGGUCUGAUUUUCCAAGUUCAAAUAACGCUUGGAAAUCGACUGUGGAAUCAAAAUUUGUUGAUCAACACUUCAGAUCUGUAUAAAAAGACUGAGGAAGACGCUAUGUGUUCGAUGAAACGGGGGUUCGACAAUGGCCCCAUGACAGACACACUUUCCUUCGGCCUACGACUAAGUAACUUCAUAAAAGGAGGCUUUAGACGUAAGAAGAGGAGCACGGUUAUUAAGAAUGAUGUGAUUGCAAACAUUAUAGUGACGAUGUCGCCCGUUGAUGGAACUAAAACUGUUCGUGAUAUUGAAGUAGAUUUUGAAGAGAUUGUUAAAUCGUUCAACUGUACCGCUGCCUCAAAUGGAAUUGAAAACGUGACAUAUAAUUAUGAUGCCAUCAAGCAUAUAAAAGAUUUCAACGAAUGUGAUGACAUAAAUAACUCUACCUCGAGAUGUGAUCCGAGCGCCGAUUGUGAUAACACUCUUGGCUUCUAUAAAUGCAAGUGUCCUUAUAACCUAAUGGAUGUCAGUCCUGAUCCUAGGUAUCCAGGGAGAAAAUGUGUUCCACGUACUGGCCGAGAUCUCAUAAAAGUCAUCAUAUCCUCCGUAUUGGCAAUCAGUGUCCUCUUGGUCUGCCUCGUCACCAUAUGUAUCAUCAUUGCUCACCGAUAUUACCACAUGAAACACAGGCGGGUGCGAUCCACAGACCCUGUCUAUAUCUACGAAACGUCGACAAGCAGCGAAGCCGAACGACAAUUUGAAGAUGACGUCACUUCUACAUCCAAUGUGUCGGAUGAUAGCUACAUCCAACAUGGAUCAAUGAUCCAUAGAAAUACUUUUGUUGGAACGGGACUCCCAUAUUCGGGAAUCAUGUCAUAUACCGAAGGAGUUCCGAGUAGUGCUGAUGGUGACACACAGAACACUCCAGAAUAUUAUUACGGUCAAACCUGGGAACGCAAACUAGGCACAAAUCAAAGUCUAUGUUUUGGAGAGAUACUAGAAAGAAUUACUAGUAUGUUGUGCACAUUGGUAUUUGCCGUUGUCGUUAUUGGAAUAAUUCUCGAUUAUGUGAUUCGCUUACCAUACAUUCGGGGAAUCCCCAAGAAGUAUGUCAUGAUAACUGGAUGUGACACUGGAUUCGGAAACAUAUGUGCGAAAAAAUGCGAUAAGCUUGGUUGCAAUGUAUUUGCGGCUUGCCUCACGGAGAAGGGUGCCGAAGAACUGAAAGCAGCGACUUCAAGCAGGGUGACAACCUUCAUAAUGAAUGUAGCCGACCAGGCCAGCGUACGUACCGGGUAUGAGUUUGUAAAGCAGAACUUACCUAAAGAUACAGGUCUUUGGGGUAUAGUCAACAAUGCUGGGGUUGGUGGUGCGACGGGACCUGCAGACUGGUUGAUCUUAGAGGACUAUCACAACGUUUGUUCCGUUAACCUCUUUGGUUUGAUCGAUGUCACUAACGUGUUCCUUCCCCUUGUGAAGAAGUCAUUCGGACGGAUUGUUAACACUGCGAGUGUCAUGGGACGCUUCAGUCUCCCCGGUGCUACUCCUUACUCAGUAUCGAAGUUUGGGGUGGAGGCAUUUUCUGACGGUUUAAGAUUCAGCAUGUUGGCAUUUGGUGUAGGUGUUUCCAUCAUAGAGCCGGGUUUCUUUGCAACUGCUAUAGCAGACCAAGAGAAGCUGAAGAAACAGGCGGAUGACAUGUUUGCUAGGUGCCCUGCUGAAAUAAAGGAACAAUAUGGAGAGGAAUUUGUGAAAGAAUCAAAAGAAAAGGUCAUUGGUGAUUUCUUGAGCAAAAUAACAUCACCAAAGAUUGACAAAGUUCCAGAAGCUUAUUGUAACGCCUUGUUCAGCGUUUACCCGCGUACUCGAUACCUUCUGGGAUGGGACGCUUGGCUAUUUUUCAUGCCAAUUUCCAUGUUACCAGGGGUGUUCAAUGACUGGCUGGGUAGAUUGGGCAACAAUAUGCCACUUCCAGCUAUUACGAAAAAGCUUCUGGCAGGAAAAAACGCAAGGUGAUCAGAAUGAGUCAUGGACAGAAUUGAGUGAUCAGUGGACGAUAGACAUAACCAUGUUGUUGAGUAUGUUAGACAGUCGCUACUGGGGUUAAAAGCACCUCACUGUACUGUAAAAAUUGCUGAAACAUAGUUUACUACCAUCACGUUUCUCAAGCCUGGAUUUUAGAAAUAUUGGGGUGCUUUGGAUAUAUAUUACUUGUAAAUGAUUACAUUAGAUGGCGAAAAUGUCAGUGAUGAAAAUAAAAAAAUAUUUUUUAGAAAAUAAUAGAAUUGCAUUUUAUACCUGUAGCCAUGGGGCUUCAACUAGACUAAUUGAAAGCCCAUGCUGUAGCUCUGUAGUUCUGUAGACAAAAGGCAACAGCAUGUUUAAAGGGCAGACCGGACGGAGAUCAAUGAAUAAGGGGGUAGAAUUAUUUGAAAUCAUAAUUCUUUCCAACAG